ACUCAUGCCUGAAUUCUCAAUGUCACAUCACCUUAGAUAUUUUUUUAUCAUUAUCAAAGCAUAAGUAACAAAUGCAACCAACAAAAGCAUAAAAAUCCAGAAUUUAAAGAAGAGAACAUUUUCAAUUCAUCUUUACCAAAUCCCAAUUAUUCCCAAGUAAUACUACAAAUUUCAAACACUACUACUCCAAAUCCCAAUCUUUUUAGACUUUGAAACAACAAUUUCUCAAAUUUUCUGCCAUUACCAAAAAUAAUGCAAACUCCAUUGCAGUGGCAAACUGGUUCUUACCAAUUUACCAAGUUUUCCCCACUUACAACAAUGGUGGCAUCAUCAUCCUUUACUCCCAUCUUUUCUCCGUUCACUGCAUUUUCAGCCAACCCCAGAAAGCUGACGCCUUUUAGGUGUGUUGCCGGGGAGAAGGCGGCUGUUACGACGGGCCCGGCUUUCUCUGUCACGCCGAGUAAUAAGUCUGAUGUUGAUUAUUUAGGAGAGAGCACUAAAGGGGACUUUAAUGUCAAUUUUGACAAUUUUGGUGGUAAAAGACAGGCUGGUAUGGAAGGUCCUAUUGAGGAAUUAGCUAAAUUGGAAGCUGAUGAAGCUGAGAGGUUGCUUCGUGACUUGGGAAUUCCGGCUCCCUUUUCUGCUACACAUUCUCCUCGUGGUAUAUUUUGCACGCGUACAUUGAAUCUUCGGUCAAUAAGUGCUAUUGGAUAUGACAUGGACUACACCUUGAUGCAUUAUAAUGUCAUGGCCUGGGAAGGGCGAGCGUAUGAUUAUUGCAUGGAGAACUUGAAGAAUGUGGGGUUUCCUGUUGAUGGUCUUUCCUUUGAUCCAAACUUGGUUAUCAGAGGCCUUGUCAUAGAUAAAGAGAAAGGCAACCUAGUUAAGGCAGAUCGAUUUGGUUAUAUAAAGAGGGCUAUGCAUGGAACAACAAUGCUAUCGACAAGAGCUGUGAGUGAAAUAUACGGGAGGGAGCUGGUUGAUCUAAGGAAUGAGAGUAGAUGGGAAUUUCUUAAUACACUCUUCUCUGUUUCAGAAGCAGUAGCUUAUAUGCAGCUGGUUGACAGGCUAGAUGAAGGUGCAGUUGAAGCUGCGAUUGGUCCACUUGAUUAUAAGGGGCUUUACAAGGCUGUUGGAAAGGCCUUGUUCAGAGCACAUGUCGAAGGACAACUUAAGAGUGAGAUUAUGUCAAAGCCUGAACUCUUUGUAGAGCCUGAUCCAGAUCUGCCUUUGGCUCUCCUAGAUCAAAAGGAGGCUGGUAAAAAGCUUCUGCUGAUAACCAACUCGGAUUUUCAUUAUACCGACAAAAUGAUGCGACAUUCCUUCAACCGAUUUCUUCCUAAUGACAUGGAUUGGCGAGAUCUUUUUGACAUGGUGAUAGUCUCUGCCAGAAAGCCAGAAUUUUUUCAAAUGUCACACCCAAUGUAUGAAGUGGUGACUGGAGAAGGCUUAAUGCGUCCUUGUUUUAAAGCAUGUACAGGGGGUCUGUAUUCAGGUGGUAGUGCCCAAAUGGUUGAAAGCUCUCUUGGUGUUCAAGGAGAUGAAAUAUUAUAUGUUGGUGACCAUAUAUAUACAGAUGUAAGCCAAUCCAAAGUUCACUUGCGGUGGCGUACGGCAUUGAUUUGCCGAGAACUUGAAGAUGAGUAUACUGCAUUGAUUGGUAGCCGAGCUCAUCGAGCCUCUUUGAUAGAGUUGAUAAAUCAGAAGGAAGUUCUUGGAGAUCUUUUCAACCAACUUCGCCUUGCUCUUCAGAGGCGAAUGAAAGAUCGACCUGCACAGACAUUUGCUGCAACCAAACUGGAUGAUAAAGAACUCACAGAAAGCAUGCAGAAGCUGCUUAUUGUCAUGCAAAAACUAGAUGAGAAGAUUGCACCGAUGUUGGAAACGGAUGGAGAGCUUUUUAAUAAAAGGUGGGGUUUUCUUUCUCGUGCAGGCCUUUGGGAUAAAAGCCACUUAAUGAGGCAAAUUGAGAAAUAUGCUGAUAUAUAUACAUCUAGAGUCUCAAAUUUCCUUCACUACACCCCGUUCAUGUAUUUCCGCUCACAAGAACAGAACCUAGCUCAUGAUUCCUAUUCCUUCUAUUGUACACAUUCUGACGAGGAAUAGAACAGCAUGUUCUCAUUGUAACAGUAGUAUCCAAUCUGACCAAGAACUUGAUGCACCUUUGUUUUUUACUAGUUAUGGAAAGCGACGUGGAAAAUGUAGAUGAUGUAACAUAAUUGUAUCCAUUCAUAUCAGUUAUUGGACAGGCAGCCAGUCAUAAUAAGCUUGUUAGUGCAUGAAUAGGUUGGUCAGUAGCAUUUGGUUAUGGCUUUAGCACAUAAAAUUAUCAGUUCGAUCUGUGUAAACUAUAGCUCUUCUUCUCUCCAUUAAUUCUGGCUCUCCACAUAAGUUAUAGAUCGAUCUGCAUAGAUUCAGCCCAUCUUUAUCUCCAUGCCUGGCCCUGUAUGGGAUCAGACGUUCAGUCCUAGAAAGUAGUAUUUAUUCACUAAUCAAAUGGAGCUGCACUCUUCUGAUAUAAAAUUAUACUUGAAUAAAAGAGGGAGAUUAUAUGAUAUGCCCAAGUUUUCUUUAGUAUGGAUGCUAGUUUGCAACUUCCACAGGUAUAAUCGUGAUGGGAGUUGCUCUGUGGGUGCUGUAAUAUAUAUACAAUAUCUAAGGACUUUUGUUUAUAACGUUUUUGUAACACAGCAUGUCGUUUUAU